AUAAAAAUAAACAAUAAAUUAUGGCGAAUCGCACAGUGAAAGAAGCCAAAAAUAUCCAUGGCACCAAUCCACAAUAUCUCAUUGAGAAAAUUAUUCGUUCUCGCAUCUAUGACUCGAAAUAUUGGAAGGAACAAUGUUUUGCCCUAACCGCAGAAUUGUUGGUCGACAAAGCCAUGGAAUUGCGUUAUAUUGGCGGCGUGUAUGGUGGUAACAUUAAACCGACACAAUUUCUAUGUCUCACCUUGAAGAUGUUACAAAUCCAACCGGAAAAGGAUAUCGUUGUGGAGUUUAUCAAAAAUGAAGAGUUCAAAUAUGUACGAGCAUUGGGUGCAUUUUAUCUCCGAUUGACGGGCAGUUCGCUGGAUUGUUAUAAAUACCUGGAGCCAUUGUAUAUAGACAAUCGUAAAUUGAGGAGACAAAAUCGAUUGGGUCACUUUGAAAUUGUCUAUAUGGAUGAAUUUAUUGAUGAACUGUUGCGUAGCGAUCGUGUUUGUGAUAUUAUAUUGCCGCGAUUGCAGAAGAGAGCCGUACUCGAGGAGAAUAAUGAAUUGGAACCAAAAGUUUCACCGCUGGAUGAGGACUUGGAUGAAGAUGUUAUAAGUGACGAAGAACCACCGGCGGCCGAACAAGAAGUUAAACCGUCCUCGAGGAAAUCGCGUAAAGAACGUUCCAAAUCUGUGUCAUCAUCCCCUGAACGUCGAGAAACUGCCAGUACGAGUCAAAUUAGAUCUCGUGAUUAUAACGAAGUUGACGGUUAUCAAAGAGAUCGUGAUAGACGAGAGCGUGAACGUAACAGGGAUCGUGAUUAUGAUCGCCGAGAUCGAGAUCGUUAUGAUGAACGAGAAAGGGAGCGGGAUCGUGAAAAGGAUAGAAGACGAGACGAUUAUGAUCGUAGAGAUGACUAUGAUCGAAGGGAUGACUAUGAUCGUCGAGAUGAUUACGAUCGAAGGGAUGACUAUGAUCGUCGCGAACGAAAUCGUCACGAUAGAGAUCGUGAUCGCAGGGAUCGUAGAUAUUAGUUAAUGUUAAAAUAG